CUGGUACAGACAUCAUGAUCACGUGAUCGUGAUGUCAUCAAGGUCCUACCGGAGGAUAGGAACUGGCCGCUACCCUUACUCAGUUAGCUGGCAGCUUUCAAAGAAGCAGGGUCUAUGCCUGUUUGUGUGCAGCACUUUUGUUUCGUGGCCGCCGCUGUUCCUAUCCUUCUGCUCGCCUGGCGCUGAUCACAUUACUUUCAUCUCGGGCUCCCUCCUUCAUCUGAGAAUUAUGAGGCUGAAGCCUGGCUUUCUCCUGCGGAGCCUGCUCGUGCUGGCCACUUUCCUCAUGUUUCUCAUCAUCUGGACCUCUUUUUCAAGCUCUGGGAGCACAGAAUCACGUUUGCAACGGGAAGAAAACCCCAACCUUCCUCAGGCUGUCAAGCCGGACGCAAAUGCACCCAAAGAUGAUUUCCACCCAGUGGUGCCAUGGCCUCGUGUUGAGGGAGUAGAAGUUAACCUUGAUUCUAUUCGUAAGAAAAACAAAGAGAGAUUGGAGCAAGAUCAUUUGGAGGCGAAGGUUAAUAACCAAGAGCACGUCAUGGAGAAACAGUAUCUUACGUUCAAACCUCAGACACAUAUUUAUUCUGAUCCAGUGCUGCGUCCUGGUAUUUUGGGCAAUUUGGAACCUAAAGAACCAGAGCCCCAAGGGGUUGUGGGUGGCCCAGGAGAGGGAGGAAAACCUUUUGAGUUGGGACCAGAUUACAAGGAUGCGGUCAAAGCCAGCAUUAAAGAGUUUGGUUUUAACAUGGUGGCAAGUGAUAUGAUCUCAAUGGAUCGGACGAUAAACGACUUGCGUCAUGAAGAGUGCAAGUACUGGAAUUAUGACGAGAACCUGCUCACCUCCAGUGUAGUAAUUGUCUUCCACAAUGAGGGUUGGUCUACCCUAGUGAGAACUAUUCACAGUGUCAUCAAACGAACACCCAGACAGUACCUGGCUGAGAUUGUUAUGAUUGAUGAUUUCAGUAACAAAGAACAUCUAAAAGGCCGACUGGAUGAAUACCUUAAGCAGUGGAAUGGCCUUGUGAAGGUUUUCAGAAAUGAGCGGAGAGAAGGGUUGAUCCAGGCCAGAAGCAUCGGAGCAGAGAAAGCAAAACUUGGACAGGUUUUGAUUUAUCUAGAUGCACAUUGUGAGGUGGGAAUUAACUGGUAUGCACCAUUAAUAGCACCCAUAGCCAAAGACAGAACUGCUUGCACUGUUCCUCUCAUAGAUUACAUUGAUGGCAAUUUGUAUACCAUUGAGCCGCAGCAAGGUGGGGAUGAAGAUGGUUUUGCUCGUGGGGCCUGGGACUGGAGCAUGUUGUGGAAGCGUAUUCCAUUAACCGUCAGAGAAAAGGCCAAAAGAAAGCAUAAAACUGAGCCGUAUUGGUCCCCUGCAAUGGCUGGAGGCCUGUUUGCCAUUGAGCGAGAUUAUUUUUUCGAACUAGGUCUUUAUGAUCCAGGUUUGCAGAUCUGGGGUGGUGAAAAUUUUGAAAUUUCCUACAAGAUAUGGCAAUGUGGAGGAAAAUUGUUGUUUACUCCCUGUUCUCGUGUAGGACACAUUUACCGUCUACAUGGAUGGCAAGGAAACCCUACUCCUGUCUAUGUUGGAGCUUCUCCAACGCUGAAGAAUUAUAUUAGAGUGGUGGAGGUCUGGUGGGAUGAAUACAAAGAUUAUUUCUAUGCCAGUCGUCCAGAAACCAAAGCUCUUCCCUACGGGGACAUUGGUCCACUGAAGAAGUUCCGUGAGGAUCACAACUGCAAAAGCUUUAAAUGGUUCAUGGAGGAAAUUGCGUAUGAUAUCACCAAAUACUUUCCACUUCCACCUAAAAAUGUUGAAUGGGGAGAGAUUAGAGGCUUUGAGACGAAUUACUGCAUUGACAGUAUGGGCCAUACCAACGGAGGGAUUGUGGAACUGGGGGGAUGCCACAGAAUGGGAGGAAAUCAACUUUUCCGUAUAAAUGAAGCAAAUCAGUUGAUGCAGUAUGAUCAGUGUCUCUAUAAAGGGCCGGAUGGCACGCAGGUCAUGCUUACACACUGUAAUUUAAAAGAAUUCUUGGAAUGGCAGUACUUUAAGAACAUGCACCGAUUCCUCCACAUUUCUACAGGAAAGUGCUUAGAUCGUUCAGAGGUUCUCCACCAAGUGUUCCUAUCAGACUGUGACGCAAACAAACCCACUCAGAAAUGGGAAAUGAAUAACAUCCUUGGGGUAUAAGCCUAGCGACUGUCUGCCAGAGGAUGGCCUGACACCUGCUGCAAUGAAGAACUAUGUACAGCCUGCAGUCUUCUCACUUCAGCGAAGGAACUGGGACACCUAGAAGAUUCUGAUAGUGUCACCCUGCAGUUAAUGUUUACAAGACUGCUUUUACCUUAAACCUUUUUAGAUGUUUACAUCAUCUUGUUUCAAGAUAAUGAUAGUCAAAGUGCUUUUAGCUUUGUUUAGAGGAACAGAGCUAAAGACAAUUAUUUUUUUGGGAUUCUUCUCAGGGGCUAAAAGGUAGAUUUUAUCUCACACUUGAAAAUGAUUUGCUUAGCUGGACAUUCGUGUUAUUUUAGGUGAUUGCAUUGAUCUUGAUUUUUGUUUCUCUAUUUUUUUUUUUUUUUUUUCUUCAGUGCACUGCCACAGUUUCUUUUAGCGAUGGUGGCCUUUUGUCUGUGCUGCUGUUUUGAAUGGGCAAAUUGGAAAAAUCUUAGUGCCUCUGCCAUUUCCCUAAAUAUCUAUGGUAACUGUGUAACAGUGAAGUCUGAAAGGAACUCCAUUAUUCCGUUUUAGCCCAUUACCUAUAUGUGAAAAGUGUCAAGAUUGCCGCUGCUUUGGGAGCAAAGAAUGGGCAGGUAACCCUGCAACACGGGUGCUAAAUACUUGGGCAUUCUGCUCCAAUCUAUGUGUCUGAAUCAGACCAGAAUUCCUCCUUCCAGUUGUAUAGCAUUUAUCAGCACUGAGCUGUGCAACAAAGCAUUGGAAAGGAAAGCUUUAGCUAAAGGGCAUGAUGGCCGUACAUUGCUUUUAUGUAUCUCUGUAUAGUUUAAUAAUCCAGUUGCCAACCUUUAACCAAAACCAUUUGAAGAAAAGCAUCUUACGCUGUUAAAGCAGUUUAUCAAAGAGAGAGAGAAAGAAUAUCAGUUAAAUGUAUUUCCCUUUCGGUACAAGGCUCUAAACCGUUCAGUACAGUAUCUCCUAAUGUGUUGUAGGUUAUACUACAAUUCAUUCUAAGCUUUAAUGGUGCAUAUAUCACCGCAGUGAUGGUUGAUAUUAUGCAGGAGAACGCUCCCCGCUUUCUGUGCUAAAUCUAGCUCUGGGCAAUGGCAGGUUGCACAAUAAUUGUGCCUCACAGUGCAUGUUUGUGUUCAUCCAUAUACAUUAACUUGUAUUUUUGUUCUUUUCUUAGUGGGCACUAUCUCCUCUUAUUCUCUGCUUCUUACAAAUUCUAGUUUUUUAAGGCAAAUUAUUUUUAUCAAAUGGUUUUGGGAAAUGUUAUGUUCCUUAUUUUGAAUUAGUGAUCAUUCUGUUGAGGUCUUGAUUUGCAAUUUUCCUUUAUGGUUCUAAUGCUAAAGAAUGCAGUGUUCGUGGGCCAGACUACAUUCCCUUCAAGCAGAAUAGCAUAGCGCUUCAUUGUACAGUAGUAUUGUACGCAACACUGUAUACAAUUUUCAAGCACAAGGACAAAUUUUUUUAUCAUGUUGAUAGUGUCCCUUUACAUUUAUAGGCAACUUAGCCGUAGCUAAGACAUGGGCCACCAUAGGGGACCUUUCUGGUGCACUUUCAAACCAGUCCUAUGGCUCCUGUGCCAGUGGGAUAAAUAAUAAGGUAGUGCCAGGGAUUCUACAGAAUGCCACAUGAAUGGCAAGUUAGCAUUUGUUGAGAAACAUAAGAAUUGCCUUCCUUAGCUGAAACCGUUGCUAUGAUGCUGCAUACACGUAGUGCUCACUAUAUCUUAUAUUUGUCUCUAAGGAAGAUGUUGGGCAGUGAGGGGCAGUGAAGUAGUAUUAACGUUACUAUUUCCCUGCAAACAUAUAUGGUCUUCAUUGUUUUCAGGACAGUUGGAGAAAAGAGAAGUUCCAUAACGGCAUUGAAAUCCCAUUAUGUUAAUAUAAUCUAACAACCUUAACCAGAUUAUCCCCGGGGGGGUAAAAUGAAAAUGACGUUUUCCCUCGCUUUGCCAAAUGAGACUCCUUAAUCCUCUUAUAGGAAAUAAUAGCAUUUUACCCUGCCCGAGCUGGGGAAUACAUUUCAGUCAUUUUUUUGGCCGGAGUUAAUGUUGGAUAUUUUUUGUUUUUCUUUUUUAAAUAGGGCAAAUUGUUGCAAAUGUAGUUUUGUAAAUAUGCAAACUCCAUAAAAUCUGCAAAUUUAGGCCAUUUUCCCCCAACUUUGACCCAUUAUUUUGAGGCCAGUAGGGCAGUGAAUGAGUAUUUCUAGCCAAAUGCAACAUAUGUAUGAUGAGAUUCUCAGAUCUGCUCCUCCCAGGCAAACCAAACCAACCUGUGGGCAAAAUUGUUUUUAGUAGCUUUUUCACUGCCUCAUGGUUGGUACAUUCCUACUCCUUUUAUUCUUAAUUAGCCUACUUUUGUGGGGUUGUAUAUUUUCCUCUGAAUUGGGUGGGGGUACGUAAUAUAUAUUUUAUUUCUUACAUUAAAAGGGGCAUUAUUUUAUUCACUCAAAAAAUGUACCAUCCUUAAAAUGUUGGCCAAUCAUUGGAUUCAGCCCAUGAGCAAAGAACGGUAUAUCAAACGUGUAUUUGAUAGGUAAACCUUCAGGAACGACAAUAUUCUUGUUUAAUAUUGCAUAUGAGGGUGGGCAUGCCUGUUCCAAAAUGUCUACUAGUAAAGUAAAUUAGACAGCCCUGGAACGUUAUUAUGACUAGGACAAGACACUUGGUUGGUUUGUACAAUGAUGGCUAUUUCAUUGGAGGGAAAUGCAGCCCAAACAGCCGUCACAUAUGUGCAAUAAAAUAGCGGUUACAUUGUUACAAUUUUAAUCAAUGUAUUCUCCCUCUGUAAUGGGACCAAAUGGGUUCACAAGAUGGCAAAGCAGUCAUUCCAUGAUCUGUAUGCCCUUUCCCUUGCCUUGCCCUUUUGUGGCAUUGUAACUUUUUUUUUUUAAAUAGCCAUUCCUCAUAGUAGAUGCUGCAUGGAAACAACCUUCAAUUUCAUUUAUGAAAAUAUAUAUUGUAUUAAAGGCAGAGCAUGUCAGCCUGCUGCUCCCGGGCUAUUGUUGCACUACAGUUGCACACUGUCCCAUUGGCUGACACAUAGUUGGAUUUAAGCAAGCAGCUUAUAAGGCAGUGGUCGAGUCUCUGCUUUUAUAUCAUUAUAUCAGCAAUUUCAUAACUGAUACGAGCAAUAGAUUCACCUUCCUGUACAAUAAAUAUCCAGAAUUAGUAAAAGCACCCAUGGAAACCUAACAAACCCGCAGUACAUGCCGAAUCCAGUUGAUUCAAUCUGCAGGUUAUUAACAACUAAUAUAUUAAACAACCACAAUUACAAAUUAAAAAGCAGAAGCCAACCCUAGAAUCAGGCUGGACAAACACUAAAUAUUUGUCAGAAUCAGCUGAGAUCUACAAUUAUUCCACAUUGGUGCUAGAAGUCCAUUACAUUCCUCUGUACAAGUGACCAAAUACCGAGCCACGUUUUAUUAAAGAUACAGUCUCAUUAUGAUCAGCUGUCUGAUUUAUGCCCUAUUAAAGGAGACGUGUACCCUACACAUAACAUAACAAGUUGAUAAACUUGCUCACAGUGCUUUUCUGAUCAUUUGUUAUAUAUAUGUAUAUACAAAUAUACAAUGUAAAUUGCACAAUUUUAAUUAUUUUUAAUUUCUACACUCCUAAUGUCAUGAAGGUGUAACCUAAGCCAGAGUAGGGACAGGCAGAAUGGCAACAGCUUAGUUUACUGAAAGGAAUGGUCUCCUGAUGUUUCCUCGCUCAGUUCUGUCGCUUCUGGCAUACUAAGACAAAUGCCACACUUGGCAAAGAAAUACAGGCCAAGUAUUGCCCCUGCGUUGAAUCAGCGCUGUUAUGUGUCUGUAGAACUGAGCAGGGUACCUUUCUGUUCUGGGCCAACUGGCCUUGGGGGAUGGGAAGAGGGGGAACUCAGGAUAUACCUUAUGAAGUGUUACUGAAGUUUGAACUGCUACUAUCACGACCUCUAAAAAAUGUAAAUGCAAAAGUGCUCAGAAGAGCAUUCUGAGUCAUUUGACAUUGUUAUAUCACAGGGUAUAUGUCCCCUUUAAUGGGUGCAAACACAUGUAUUCCUGAAACAUUGCUCUGCAGCAUUGCUGUCCAACUUUGUCCAUGUAGUGGGCCAGUUAUGCACAACACUGCAUAUUUGGGGGGCCAGAUUAUAAGAAAAAUACUAUAUCGUCCAAAGAGAUCAGUGGAGCUCUUGAGCAGUCUGGGAGCCAUAUAGACCAUAUGAAGGGCCACAUUUCGCUUGUGCUCUACAGUGUUUUCCAUGUAGCUCUUCUUCAGGCAGAUGUGCAUUUUAUUGAGCCAGUUCUGUUUUUGUCCCUUUGUACAUUGCACUUUUAUAUUUUAGUACAAGUCUGUUGCACAAUUGAAGACACAGGUAACAACUUAAGUUUUUGUUACAGGCUGAACAACUUGUAGCACAUUUAUUGCUCAGACUCACAAUAUUCUGUAGCAGCUUUUCCAAAAAAAAAUGUAUGUGGCUUCAAGGUGUAAAUUUUUCUAAUAAUAAUUGUACAGAUUCCUUUGCUCAUUAGGUUCAUGUAUCAGUGGCAUUGGGGUUUAUGUAUUUUGUAACUAGAUUAGCCAUAAGCAUUAACAACUCAUUAGUGAAUUGAUUAAUGUCCCCUGUCUGGUAAUUGCUUUAUGUUUAUAUCACUCCUCCUACACCACUCCUACUAUAAAGAUGCUUCUUACUGGUCACUAUACUAAGUAACAGUGUAUGUUUAAGGGAAAUGUUCACUUGGAACUAAGUUGCCAAAUCGGUUUUUGGUUUUUUUUUUUGGCUCCAGUUGAUGCUGUGGGUCUUCGAUGCAAGACUCCAUUUAAAGGAGCAGUAACAUCAAAAACUGAAAGUGUAUAAAAGUAAUUACAAUAAAAUGUACUGCUGGGAGAAACGGCACAGGUUACAUAACAGAUAAGCACUGUAGAAUAUAAUGGGGGUUUUAUCUGAUAUCUGCUAAGUAACCUGUUCCUUUUCUCCUUUAAAUGGCUGCCCCCAUGGCUAUAGAGCAGCUGGUUUAUAACUAUAAUAGGGUUUCUGAGGCAAACACACCAGUUGUACCAGUGCAGGGCAACAGUGCAUUAUAUUGUAAUUACUUAUAUGCACUUUCAUUUUUUGGUGUUACUGUUCCUUUAAGACAAAUCUUUUAGAUGGAUGGAACACUAACCAUAUAUACUGCAAUUACUGGAUAUACUGGAAAUUCCAUCCUCUGCUCCACGCUUUUGUAUGUAUGCUUGCUGGGACGAAGGCAAAAAAGGAAUGGGAUACCCUGCCAAUGGAUGCCCACCAUGUGGGAGAGAGGUUUCCUCCAAAGGCAGUAUUGCCAGAUGUGUUCCCUCACUCGCAAUCUCUUUGCUCCAAUCUGUUUAUCCUCUUCUUUGUAGGUUUCAUAAAUAGGGGUUAAAUUAUCUACAUGUUGAAUGUCAGUUUUGUGUGUUGAUUAACUUAUUUUGUAAUCUAAUUUAAAUACGAAUUAUACGGGACUGCGACCUUAACUCCUUAGCUGCUAGGAGAGGCGGAGAAAUCACAAAGCAUCUUAUUGGGAGGAAGAUGUACUGACCGAAAGCAAUACUUUUACCGUACCAUAAAUAAAAUGGACAAAACCAAAGAAAUUCACAUGUAUAGAGUUCUGGGAGAUGUUCCAAUGGAAAUAUUUUCUAUUCUCUAGUAGCAAAGGCGUUAAGGACAAAUAAACAUAUCUAGACUGACCACGGGACUGUCUAGGAUAUAGGAAAACAUGAUUCCACUUGUCUUUACUGUAUGUAGAUAAAUGAGUACACAUGGAUUAAAUAUUGAUACACACGUGAGAAAGAAAACAUCAUUUGAUGCUUUGGUUAUUCCAUUGUGUCAUGCACUGUGCGUUCAUGUAAGGAAGGAUGGGGAUUUGUGCAAUGCAAGCUAUCUGUGAAUUCCAUUGUGUAUAUUCCUACAGCAAAUCCUAUCCUGUGAGUGGGGACUGUAUGGAAAGGGGUUUCUUACACUUCUCUGGAACAAAUCUCAUCCUUUUGCUUUGUAACUCCAGAACAUCACUAUGCAUUUCUACUCAUUUUUUUAUGUUUGAUUUAUGCAGAUUUUGAUACACUGUAUGUUUCUGUAGAAAUUGUACAAAUACAGAAAAUUUUAUUAGGGAUAUAUUUGGAAUUUCAAUGUUAAUUCUGGGGGUUGCUUGUUUUUCUAGACACGAUAAUAAAUAUUUUAAUUGCU